UUUCCAAAAUGGCGGUGCGACUGAGACGUGUGUGUUUGCGCUACCGCAGAAUACUGUUCGUCGCGCUCGGAAUUCUGCUCUUCCAGACUUUUAUAGCGUGGAACUUUUACACCAUCAGCCAGGAGGAGAACGAGCGGAUACAGGAGCUGAAGGACAGAAUAAAACGGGAAUCAGAGAGCAGACGGAAGAGAUCGCCCGGCGCCGGGUCGGUGGACUUGCGGGAAGUUUUGAAGGGUGAGGAGACGUCCACAGAGCUGAAAAAGAGGAUACUUGGAAACUCUGGCACCAGAGAAAGUAAAUUCAACGAUGCUCCUGACAGAAAGUCUGGAUCCAACAGUGACUUUCUCCACCGUAACCCCGCCCUGGAGAACUCUGUACAGAAAUACGACUCAGACUCGGAAAAGAAAGCCUCCAUAUGGAGGAACCACGCCGCACAGAGCAAUAAGAGUAGAGACUUUUCUUACGUCCCCAAGUGUGAGAUUAAGGGGAAGGAUGCUGUCUCGGCCUUGAGUAGAGCGAAGACAGCACAGUGUAAACAGCAGCUGGCAGACACAGCAUGUCUGAUGCAGGAGGGCAAGCUGUUCCCGGAGUUCAUCCCCAGAUACUGUCCUGUAGAUGGAAAACCUGCGCACAAAGUGCCCAUGGAGGAGGACUACUUCCUACAUGGUCGUACUCCUGUCAGGAUUGCCUUUGUCAUGGUGGUACAUGGGAGGGCCAUCAGACAGGUCAAGAGACUACUCAAGGCCAUCUACCAUCAGGACCACUACUAUCUCAUCCAUGUAGACAAGCGGUCCCACUACCUGCACAGAGAGCUGCAGGAAGCCUUCAAACCCUACCACAACAUCCGCUUCACGACCUGGCGCAUGUCCACCAUCUGGGGCGGGGCCAGCCUGCUGCAGAUGCUGCUGCGCUGUAUGGACGACCUGCGCGCCAUGUACGACUGGAGAUGGGACUUCUUCAUCAACCUCAGCGGAACAGACUACCCAACCAAACCUAUUGACCAGCUGACAGCUUUCCUGACUCUUCAUCGUGAAGAAAACUUCCUCAAGUCUCACGGCAGGGACGACAACAGGUUCAUUAAGAAGCAGGGUCUGGACCGGGUGUUCUACGAGUGCGACACCCACAUGUGGCGACUCGGAGACCGCAAGAUUCCGGACGGGAUCCUGAUCGACGGCGGCAGUGACUGGGUGGCGCUGAACCGCGCCUUCUGCGACUACGUCACGUCCUCGGACGAUGAACUGGUCACUAGUCUGAAACACUUCUACAAGUACACACUUCUCCCUGCAGAGUCGUUCUUCCACACCGUGUUGGAGAACAGUGCCAUGUGUCUGUCCAUGGUUGAUAAUAACCUGCGCAUCACCAACUGGAACCGUAAGCUGGGCUGUAAGUGUCAGUACAAACACAUCGUGGACUGGUGCGGCUGUUCUCCCAACGACUUCAAACCUGACGACUUCCAUAAGCUACAGACCAACAGGCCAACAUUCUUUGCUCGAAAGUUCGAGGCCGUGGUAAACCAGGACGUCAUCAACCAGCUGGACUUCUUCCUGUACAACGAUUUAACCGCGUCGUCUCCCGGGAUCAACAGUUACUGGGAGAGUUUCUUCCAUCACAAGGACCCGCACGACAAACACACGGACACCUACAGGACACAUCUGGAGGCCUUCGCUCGCAUGGCCCAGCUCUCGCUGCAGAGCGCCGCGCCGCACUACGGCAAACGGAUCGACCGGAAGUGUCUGUACACGGUGAUCAGCCCGCCGCGGGAGGGGAGUGUCUACAUGCGCGGGGACCACCUGCGCGGACUGGUGGUCACGUUUGACGUGGAGAGCGAGGGCGGGGAGGAGACGUUAGAGGUGUGGGCGGUGCCCAGGAAGAUGUACAAACUGGUCAACCCUGCUGGACCAAUAGCAAGGCUGCUUAGUCUGGAGGUUGGUUCAGACUGGGACCUGAAAGAACGCAUCUUCCGCAACAUGGGGCGUCUGAUUGGUCCUCACGACAGUCCAACCGUCAUCCAGAGGUGGAGCAAGUCUGACGGCGCCAACUUCAUCGUCUCCAUCGUGUGGGUCGAUCCUGCCAACACCAUCGCCGCAUCGUACGACCUAACCGUAGAACCAGACGCGGAAUUUUCCUACCACACCCCGCCCUUCCAAAAACCGUUAAAACCGGGCGCAUGGCACGUUUACCUCCUGCAUCAUUGGAAGAUUGUGGCCGAGACCGCAUUUCUGGUCACACCGAUGGCGUACAAAAAUAACCGACCAAUCACGGCAGCCGAAGCUGCCACCACUCACGCAGGACCGUCCAAUGGGACGUACAUCGACAGAGACUUCGUCAGCCUUAACAGCUUUCUAAAACUCAAAGACGUGGAAAAACUAGCCGCGGCGGCGAAGCUGAACAGUCGGAAAACGGGGCGGGAGUUGGAAGGCUGGAUCGACCAGCUGGUGUUGGAGUUCUGGUCGGUGGCGGACGUCUGUUCCGUGGCACCCUUCCCAUCAUGCAAUAUGGUCAAACAGUGCCAAGUCACGACGUGGAGUACUUUCUCUCCGGACACCAAGUCUCAGCUGGGUCCGGUCAUGCCAGACGGCAGGAUUAGGUGACACACAGGGUCAUUUAGUCCUGCCCAAUCAAACAGUAGCACAGAUAAUGUCAUUUUGUAUCCAUAGUCUUGAAAAUCCAUCCAUGUAGAAGUCGUUAUGAAACCAUUUUGAAAACUGUAGUCUUUCAAAUUGGAC